AUGGGAAAGUACAAGAACAAGAACAAAGAAGAAUAAAGGCAAAAUGAUAAAACCAGCUCAGACUCAAACAAUCAAAGAUAAGUUUAUUCGGUCUAGGAUAGACUGGAUGAGGAGAUGAUUUAACACAAUUAGCAUUAAUAACAAGAAUAGUCAAAUGAAAACUCAGAUCAUAAUGAAACAACAAUGUCUAGUACCUAAUUUGAUCAGAUGAUGAGUUAGGCAAAAGCGAAAGAUAUUCAAAAAGAUGCUAGUUUUAUGGCAAAAAAUUUUUAGCAAAAUAUCAAUCAAAAUAGAAUUCUAGGUGAGGAUUAUGAAGAUAAAAAGCAAAAUUACCAGUACAGAGCUAUCAGCAGCAUAUCAUCACAGAAGGAAAUUAAAUAUAGAGAAAACAACUAUGAAGAAGACACAUUGUCAUACUAAAUGAAAGGGUAGAAUAAGGUCUUGCUUGGCGGCUGGCUUGAAGUAUCAGUAAAUUUAGGGGAUAUUACUAACGAGCAAGUUGAUGCAAUUACAAAUGCUGCCAAUGAAUUUUUAUCUCAUUCAGGAGGACUUGCUUUUGCCAUCGCUAAAAAGGGUGGUCCUUCAAUUCAGCAUGAAUCAAACUUAUGGGUAAAUUAAAAUGGUAAAGUAGAAACAGGAACAGGCAGAGCAGUCACAAAAGCAGGAAAUAUGACAAAUUGCAAAUAUGUUAUUCAUGCAGUCGGCCCAAUUUGGACUAAUGGAAAAAGAGAUGAUGAAAAAUUGUUGUAUGACUGUGUUACGGAUACACUGAAGACUGCUUCUAAGUUAAACUGCAAAUCUGUUUCAAUCCCUGCUAUAUCUUCUGGCAUCUAUGGAUUCCCUAAAGACUUAUGUGCUGCUCACUUAUUCAGAGCUGCUGAGGACUUUUGCUUUUAGAAUGAUUAAAAUGAUACUAGCUUAAGAGUGAUUAGAUUCACAAACUUCGAUUAAGAAACUGUGUCAUAUUUCACAAAGGAAAUUAAAUGGAGAUUCAGUGAGAGACUUUAAUGUGUGCCUUUAACUGGCACGUAUAACGAAGGAUCAGGAAAAAAGAAAAGCAUUAAUAAUAACUAGCAGAAGUAAAAUUAGUAAAAUAAUGAUCAUAGAAAUGGUUCUAGCAGUAAUAAUGGUUCUAAUAAUAAUAAAACUCAUUAAAUAUCAUAGAAUGCUAAUCUCUCCAACAAUAAAGACUUUAAUUCAAACUAGUAUUAAAAUAAGAUAGGUCAGUAAUAAUUUAGCUAAAAACAUAAUACUAUUUUCAAGGAGGUUUAAACAUAAACAUUAACAUUUGAGGACCUUUAAAAGAAAAUUAUAAAAGAUUAUAUAGAAAGCUAGUAAAAGUUGGAAAAAGAAUAAAUCAGUAGGUCUAAUAAUGAGCAGAUACCAGAUAAUUAAAGAUAAAUUAUUGAUGAAGCAAUAGUGAAAGUAAGAAUAGAAAAUAUUAAAGACAACUAGCCAAAAUAGCAAAUUGAUGAAGAAUAAAAGAGUUAUGAACUUAAUGACUAAAAAUCAAGUCGAUUGGAAGAAAACAUACCUUAAGAAAUUGUUUCAAACAUAAAAUCAAGUUAAGAUAACGAAUAGACUGAAGAAAUUAAUGAUCAAAUUAAAAAUUCAGAUUGUUAAGCUAUGUAGCAAGAAUCAUAAGUAAAUAAUAAUCCAAUAUAGGACAUAAUUUCAGUUUCAGAGACCUAAAAUAUUUAAGCUGUUUCAAAAUAAAAUAAAGAGAACAUUUAAACUGAAAAUACUUAAGUUAAUAGUAAUGAUUUGAUUGAAUAAGAUAAUCAGAACAAUAAAACUUUUAUUGAUGUCUAAGAUAAAGAAGGAGGAAAAUAAGUGACUAAUUUGGAUUAAACUAGCAGAGAUUUUGUAGAUAAGCAAGGAGAAUAAUAAAAGGCUCAAUAAUUAGAGAAAAUUAGCAGUGACAUCUUUGAUACGUAAGAAACAGAUUAAAAGGCUACUAAACAAGAGAAUACUAGCAAUGAUCAACUUAAUAAAAAAGAGGAGGAUUAAAAAUCUUAAUAAGAGGAAACUAGCUGUAAUCCCCUUUAUAAAAGUGACGAAGAAUAAAAAACUCAAUAAGAGAAUACUAGCAGUAAUCUCCUUGAUAAGAUAGCCCAAGAAUAAUUGAUUCAGUAGUAGGACUCAACUAGCAAUGAUCUCCUUGAUAACGAAGGCCAAAAUUAAGUUAUCCCGUAAAACUUAACUAACAUUAAUCAUGAUAAGGAAGACGAGAAUUUAAAAUCUCAAUUAGAGAAAACUAGUAGUGAUCCCCAAUAGUAGGAAGUGCAAAAAUAAGUAUAGGAAUGCUAAUAAAAUACUAUACAAUAAAAUGAUGAAAUUGAUAAAGCGGCAUCUUUAGAUGGAAUCAGAAAUAGCAAUGAAUUUUAGACUCAUUAAAAUAAUUCUGAAAUAUAAUCAUAGGAUCCUAAUUCUAAUGAGUAAUUAAUAGGUAAUUCUUAAAUUAAAGAUAAUGAAUCCACAAAAAUUUUAGAAGAUAAUUCAAUUCAGAAAUUUAAAAAUUAGCUAGAUAAUAGUUAAACAUAGGAUAUUUCAACUGUGAAUGAAGAAGAGUUAAAAGUUUAGAUUAAUUAAAUAAAAGAGGAAAAUUUAGUCAUAGAGGAGGAAUAAAAGGAUCUUAAUAAUAAUAUACAAGAUACAGAAUCAAAUCAAGAAUCAGAAGUGGUGGUCUCUAAUGAAUUAUCCAAGGAUAAUUAGAAUAGUGAUUAAGAAUAAGCUUCCAUACUUGUUAUUGAUCAUUAAAAUACUAAUGAGUCUCAAUUACAGGAAAAAUCAGACGAGAAUUAGAAAGAUAAAGUAAUUGAUGAAAAAUUGGAUGAUUCUAACUAGGCUGCAACAGAAGAAGAAAAAAAGGAUGCAGAGAAUCAAUUAUCAGGCAAUAUUGGGGGGGAAGAACUUAAAACUGAGGAAGAUAUAAUAAAUAAUAGUAAUAAUUCUAAUUAAGAUAUGCCAUAAGAACCAUUAAUAAAUAUUGAAAGUAAUUAGAAAAUUCUGAUUGAAUAAUAAGAUGAAGCCAAUGAUUAAUAGUUAAAUAGAAAUUUGGAAUUUGCUUAAAAAUCAAAGAUCCAAGAGGAUGAUGAAAAAGAAAAAAUUGAAAAUUUAAAGGAAAUUUAAAAUGAUAAACCAAUUAAGCAAGAAAUUAUCUAAAUUCUUGAAAAACCAAGUGAAAAUAAGGCUGAAUAAAUAAAUCAUGAAAUUUAGGAAAACAAGGAUGACAAAAUUGAAAAAGUGGCUGAUGAUGAAGUGAUUGAAGCUAAAAUAAAUUAAAUGAAUAGUGACUGA